AACCGAACCCGGGACCCCGGAACCGAACCCGGGACCCCCGAACCGAUCCCGAACCCCGGCAUGGACCCGGACCCGGACCCGGACCCGAAUCCCGGAGCCGCCACCGACCCGGCACCGGCACCGGCAGCGGCAGCGGGGGGGAAGCGGCGGCGGUUCACGGUUCGGCAGGAGGGCCCUGAAGAAUCCCCGGUCCCGUCGCUGUUCAGAGCCUCCUCCGCGCCUUCCCCGGUGCCGGUGCCGGGUCCUGGUCCGAUUCCGGUUCCGAUCCCGCCCGGUCCCGGUUCUUACGCUGAGUUCGUGGUGAGGGGCACGGGGGGAACCGGGAAGGACCGGGACCAGAACCGGGGUCAGAACCGGGAGCGGGAUCAGAACCGGAACGAGAACCAGGAUCAGAACCGGGAUCAGAACCGGGACCGGGAGCGGGAUCCGGGACCCACCGGAGCCGCCCCCUCGGGAGCCCUCCCGGGACCGCCGGGACCCCUCCCGACCCCCGGGGAUCAGAACCGGGACCGGGACCGGGACCGGCCCCGGGACCAGGACCGGGAGCAGAACCGAGACCAGGACCGGGAUCAGAACCGGGACCGGGACCGGGACCGGGACCGGGCCGAGCCCCGGGAGGUUCCGGCCCUGCCCGCGAUCAAACCGGGCACCAAGAGCAGCAGCAUCAUCGUCAGCCCGCGGCAGCGCGGCAAUCCCGUGCUCCGCUUCAUCCGAAACGUCCCCUGGGAGUUCGGGGACGUCAGCCCCGACUUCGUCCUGGGCACCUCCAGCUGCGCCCUCUUCCUCAGCCUGCGCUAUCACCACCUGCACCCCGGGUACAUCCACGAGCGGCUGCGGGCGCUGGGGCGGAGCUUCGGCCUCCAGGUGCUGCUGCUGCAGGUGGACGUGCGUGACCCCCAGCAGUCGCUCAAGGACCUGGCCAAGGUUUGUCUGCUCACGGACUGCACGCUGCUGCUGGCGUGGAGCCCGGAGGAGGCCGGCCGUUACCUGGAGACGUUCAAGUCGUACGAGCAGAAGCCGCCGGAUCUGCUGAAGGAGCGCGUGGAGCAGGACUUCCUGUCCCGGGUGACCGACUGCCUGACCAGCGUCAAAUCCGUCAACAGGACGGACGCGCUGAGCCUGCUGGGGACCUUCGGGUCGCUGGCGGCCGUGGCGGGGGCGUCGCGGGAGGAUCUGUCCCUGUGUCCUGGCGUGGGGCCACAGAAGGCCAAGCGUUUGUUCGAUGUCCUGCACGAGCCGUUCGUCAAGGCGCCGCGAUGAGCCCCAAAACCCUCAGAAAUCACCCCAAAAAUCCCA